GCACGUCGGUAACGGUGGCGAAAAAAAAAUAUAAGCUAUAUACCAUCUCGUCAUAUCAUAUAUAAUAUUGUUCCAAAAAAAAAAAAGCUCUCAACGUACGGCUCUGUGACUGUGAAUAAAAUAACUCAAAAUAAUUUAAACUAAUAACAAAUUAUCUGAUAAUUCAUAGUCAUAAUUAAACCUCCGCUGAAAAUAAUUAAAAAUAAAAAAAUGGACUGAUAGUUUUUUUUCCAAUAUCUUAUACUUAUCAAGUACGAUCGGAACAAUAACUCGGGCGGCUAUCAAUUUAUUUUGGUAUUCAAAGUAAAAUAUUUAUUUUAUUAAAGAUAAGAAAACGAACAUACUUUAAGUCUACAUACGGCCUUGCAACUUAAUAGGUAUUGGCUUUUGAACCUCAUCGAUGGCCAUGUUUAAAAUUUUAAUAUAUACUCAAUAUUUUCUUUUAAAUAUUCGUAAUAUCAAGUUAUAGUUGUUUAGUAGAUAAAUAUCACUAUGUCUGUCAGACGACGAACGGAUCCUGGACCAACCCAGAGAAUAUGGGACGCAAUAAAAAUCACUGUUCACCAAAGAAGUUUACCGAGCAACGAUCGAAUAGUUCGGCACUUUGCUCGUGUUUAUAACAUGACUGAGCUAUCAGCCCAAGAGGAAUUGAAUAAAGCCGUCGAAGAUGGCUUAGUCUUUCUCAAAAAAACCCAGUCCAAGGGUGGACUUGACCAGGAAAGCUACCGAUUGCCACUGGACCCAAUGGAGACCGAUGGCCAUGACUGGUACUGCUUCAAAUGUCAAAGAGCUGGGCUCGUAGAGACCUGUCAGUCGUGCUUCCGUGUUUAUCACCCAAGAUGUCACACUCCGAGUAAUUCUGACCAAAAAGUUUGCCAGUUUUGUGAGCAAAUAAAUAUCGAUACUUAUCAUGACAUAAAGGCACUUAAUCAUAUACUGGGAUUUACGUGCGGUCAUCUUAAAGCCAAAUUACCUCCGGAGAUAACAAAUAGGACCAUCGUGCCAGACAGUUCGGUUAUUGAAAAGCCAACUGGUGGUUUGUCCGGACCAACGUGGAUCAGCGAAGGCGAAGACUCGUGGCGCCCGGGGAUUUUAAUUAAGAAUCACAUGGAUCUCGCUAUUAUGGAAGCGAAGACCAAGAGAAACGAGUACAAAAAUCUUGCUGAGUUUCAGGCAGAUGCACAUAAUAUAUUACAUAAUAUUAUUGUUUAUCAUGGAGAGACUUCUGUGGUAGGGGAAAUGGGUAGAAUAAUGUACCAAGAUUGUUGCUACGACUUGAAAGAAAUUCGUCGUUGUGCAGACUGCUACAGAAUAUCAAAUGAAAAAUCUGAAAAAAUGUGGUUCUGUAUACCGUGCAAUCCACCUCAUCAGCUGGUUUAUGCAAAACAAAAAGGCUACCCGUACUGGCCGGCAAAAGUAAUGGAGAUUAAAGACAAUAUUUAUGACGUGAGAUUUUUCGGUGGACAUCACAUGAGAGCUAAUAUUGAAAAAGUUUUUAUACGCUCUAUUACUUCUAGUUUACAAAGUUUACAGAUAAAAAGAUCAACUGCGUGGAACCGGGCGUUCGAGGAGUUGAAGCACCACCAGAAUUUACUUGGAAAGCUUGGCAAAAGUCAAUCGGUAACUCACAAUAACAACACCAGCAACAAUGCGGUAGCUGACGACAUCGAGGGUCCAAAGCCAUCGAAGAUGCGACGCAAUCAGGAGUCAUCGGAAUCAUCACAAGGAUCACAGGUAGCACCGCCGAACGGCGCGUCUCCCGUCAAACUUAUAAAAGACUUGAGAGUGAGAGUAGAGAGGUUGAUGUCGGAUGGAAAUUCCGAGAUACAGCUUAAUCAGGAAAAGUCGGAGAGUGCCAAUGGGGAAGGCGACGGAGGACCCGAGGAGAAGCCAGACGUCAAUGACGGCAGCAGAAGCAUCAGCGAGGAACGACAAGUCCCAUUUCUUCCGGUCGCUACUGAUGACGAGCCGCCGCUGAGGAUCACCAGCAGCACGUGUCCACAGGGGUUAAAAAAAGAGGGCUCCCAGGAGGACAUGGUCACGUCGAGUUCACAAGAGCCCAGGUCCAAGUGUGUACUUGUUCAAACAGAGGAAGUACAGCCUGAAACAGCCCCAGCAAAGAUGAAAAGAGAGCGCAGGACAUCAGAACAGCCUACGACAGCUCCAGCUCUAGAAAAAUUGCGCCGGGAAUUCGAGCUGGAUAAGUGUCGGGAGUUAGAACGACUCCAGGCGGAGCAUGCCAAAGAAUUACGACAGCUAACGGAGAAACAUCAACAGGUCAUCUCUGAAAUAAAGAAAAAACAAUGGUGUUACAAUUGCGAAGCUGAAGCAAUAUACCAUUGCUGUUGGAACACAGCUUAUUGCAGUACUGAUUGCCAGCAAGUUCAUUGGCAACGAGAGCACAAACGUGUCUGUCGACGUAAACGUUAGCUUUACAAUUGUCAAACAAAUACUAUUAUCACAAAAAAACUGGGCCGUCAGUUUUUUUAGUCAUAAUCUACCCAAUAAUUUAGAUAAAUUAUUAUUUUAAAAAAAAGUUAAAACAAAAAUCAAUUGAUCCUAGACAACUCAGCUAGUCUGACAGCGUCAAAGACGCAAUUGUUUAAUUUCAAAUAAUAUUUCAUUUCUUUUUCUUUUUUUCAUAGAAUUUUCAUUAAUAAUACUACAUAUUAUAUAAAAUUGCUUAAUAGACUAAAAAAAUGAUUAAUUAUUAUUAUUAUUAUUAUUAUAAAUUACAAGUAUAUUUAAUGUUAAUCUAGUUUUAACAUUUUUAAAAAUUACUAGUUAAAUAUUUAAAUCUAUGAAAAAAAUUUUCCACUAAAAAUAUUUUUUUCUUUAUUUAAAUUAUCAAAAUAUUUAAAUAAAUACAUUUAUAUAUCACUAUAUAUAUAUAUAUAUAUAAAACAAAGAAGAAAAUUUUUAAUUAUUUAAUUUUUUGUUGAUAGCAACAACUAAUAUUUAUGUUGGCUUAAAUUAACUAAAGUAAUUACUGUAGAUAACGUAGCGUUUUUUUGUGCUACAGAUAAUAGAAGCAUUUGCUUGAAUCAAAAGUUAGCAAAAAAAAAAAAAAAUAUUUAUCAUUAACGCAUUAGCAAUAUAUUUAUUAUAUAAAAAUAAAAAUAAUGAAUUAUUAUCUCUUAUUAUAUAUCGUUAUUGAAAACAAAAAGGUGUUGAUUGAUUAUCCAAAAAUAGAAAAGCUGUUAAGAACUAAGAGAAAUAUAUAUGAGGAAUUUAGUUCAGCCUUGUAGUUUAAAAAUUAUUAUUAUUAUUAUUAUUAUUAUUUUUAUAAUAUAUUACAUUUGCAAGUGCAAUUAUUCUUUUUGUUUCUAUUGUUGACAAUAUAAUUUUCGUUUUACUUUUUUAAUUGCAAUCGGUAUACAGGGUAGAAGUUCAAGUUGAUUUAAUAAUUAUGUUUCUUUUUAAUUUAUUUUUACUCAUAAUUAAAAAUCAACGUAAUGAAAAAUAACUAUAAUCAUGUGUUUACUUUACAAUUAUAUUAAUUGAGAAUAAUAGUGCAAUUAGAGUGCAAAAAUAUAUCACACAUUUAUUUUAUUACUUAUAAAUCAAUUGUUUGUAAUUUAUAAUUUAAAAAUAUCUAAUUAAAUUUCAUUAUUAUUUUUAGAUAUUUUAAAUUAAAUAUCUUUUAAUACAU